AUGGACAAAGUUAAUAUUUACGUCGUGCUAAUUUUAGCACUGUUAAUAAAUAGCUAUGUUACUUGCAUAAAGGAGAACGUUGUUUUAGUUAAAACCAAGCUUCAGCGUGAAGUUAUGUUGUUGACGAAGCUCAAAGGUCUCGAGAAGAAUGGAGUUGCUGCGUUUGAGAAGUUUAUCUCGCUCUCUGAGCUAGAUGACGUUUUAGAUUUCGUCGUCGAAAUCUCGAAAGGAAUAGACGCUUUCAAUAAGAUAUACGGGACGCAGAUAUUGGGGCUGUCUGCUAUUAUCAUGAUGUACAUAACCAAUAUGUGCAGUUCUAUAUUGGUUUUGGAUAUUUUUUUGGUGGUAUUGGUUUGCGGGGCACUCACUGUGACCCCGUGCUUUGAAACCAAGAGAAAAUUCGACGAAAUCAUAAAAGUCAUCUGUAAACUUCUGAUAGAACUACCUCACGGUUUAGAAGAUCCUCGUUACAAUUUUGUAAAGGAAAAACUCGUCCUUCUGAUAAAACAGUUGGAGUUUAGAAAACCCACCUGGGCUGCCGUUCUUGGCGUCAAAAGUUAUCCAUCUGUUGCAUUAGCGAUAUACGGGGUCUUGGUGGUUUAUCCUUGUUUUGAAGCAACGAAAAAGGUCGAUGAAGUGGUCAAAGUCGCUAACAGGCUCUUGAUAACACUGCCGCACGGUUUGGAGGAUUCUCGUUACAAAAUUUUAAAGGAAAAACUCGUCCUUUUAAUAAAACUGUUGGAGUUUAGGAAGCC